AUGGGAAUGCUCCCACAGCCAGCGUGGACCCGACGGGCCGAAUGGCCCCCUCGUACGUCGGGAGGGGAGUUAAAAAUACUUGCCGCUCGCUCGCUCCCUCCAUCGCCUGCAGGUCGCGCGCCGCCGCUCUCGGGCACGCGCUGGCGGGCGGGCUCCCGCGGGCGGGUGGGUGGGCGCGCUCCGUGGCUUCGGGCACCGUUUCCGCUGCUCGCGCGGAUCCACGUCUUCCGUUGGGGGGAAAUGGGCCUGGUCCGGGCCGGCGGGCCGCUGCUGGCGGCGCUCUUCGUCGUCGGCCUAGUGUCUGCAGACAAUGACUGCUUGUGGUAUACCGACAAACAAGGAAUGUGGCAUGUUGGCUUUGACUGCUCAUUCUUUCAGUUCUGCUGUGGAAACUGCACACACCGUUAUUGCUGCCUGGAUCCAUUGCAAAUGAUCACUGAAAGACAACAGAAGUACUGUGUAACCACGAACAUCAGUCCUACCACUAUUGCUGGGAUUGCCUCUGCUAUCUUUCUAUUUAUUGUUAUCAUCGGAAUUAUCAUUUGCUGUUUCCUGUGUUCCUGCUGCUAUCUGUAUCGACGCCGACACCAGCUGAGGGAGCACUUCACAGGUCCAAGAGAGGUGGUUCACAGCUAUCCAAUGCAGCCAGCUUAUCCAACAAACGUGCCACCAGGAAUGCAUGCUCCAUAUCCGACUGCUCCAGCCUACAGUGCUGCAAGCCCAGGAAGGGAGUAUCACAGCUACCCAAUGAACCCAGCAUACCCACCUAACAUGCCUCCUGGACCGUAUGCUCCGCACCCGACAGCUCCAGCUUACAGUGCUGCAACUUCUCCACCGUCCUAGUCACAGCCAUUAUGAAGAGGGGCUGCUGCACGUUUUCUGGUACAAUUUCCAUUCAUUCAAUGUGCAAUUAGCUGGUGACAGGCCUGUUUGCUGACAUAAGCAUGUUUGCCUUGGAUUCCUUGUUUGAUCGCAGUAGAUUCCUCGACUGACUGUCCCAAAUCCUUGAUUUAUCAUUGCAGAUUCAUUGUUGACCUAGAGCCCUUAAUUGAUUGCUGUAGAUUCCUUGUUUAUGGAAGUUGUACUUUGAUAUUCAGAUUAUGCCCUUCAUUAUACUGCAUUACAAUAAGCUCAAAUUUUACUUGUAUGUCUUUACAUAAAUUAU